GCCAGACUGUUCACAACAACAAAAGUUGCUCUGAAAGCUCAUGCAGAUUCUGGCGGCCAGGGCGCUGCAGGGCUGUAGUUGACUCCCUGCCCCAACCCUUUUGCCAUUGGGACACUAGCAGCACAAUCGGGUUUCAGCAAGACUAAGAGCAGGCACUGGUUGCCAUAAGCUUUGGCGUUGCAUAGUGACGCUGCAAGCUCCUAUACCGCCAGCAUUCUUGAGGUCAGCAUUUUGUCGGGUGAACCAUAGUCAACAGAAAUGCAUCAGUUGGGGAAGGCGGAUCUGCCGCAGCUGCUGAAGGGUCUGAACGCGAAGCUGGCGGGCAAGUCGUACCCCCCGUCCAAUGUGCAUGGAUCCCUUGUGGCGGAAGAAGUCAUGCGAGAGGAGGGGCGCACGGCAGACAACGUUGACCGGCAGCAUUGGUACGUGGACAGAUGGCCAGACUUCCGCGUGAUCAUGCACGAAGAACGGCUCCCGUCCUUCGAAUGCCCCGUGCGUGCCGUGUGGACGGAGGACGAUGCCGCUGCUGCCGAGUUCUUUGCACACCCAGCGUUUCGGAUUCCCGAGUUUUGGCUGGGAGGCGUCGAGCCCGCCAUUCUAGAUGCUCUCCGCUCUGACUACACUUUCUACAACGACUCUCAUUCCGACGUCUUCGUUCUCAGCCCGGAAGGUGUAAAUGCGCUCUCCUCAGGAACAGACUGCGCGCGAGAGGGGCUCACUUAUGGGCCGGUGGCGCCUGAGGACGCGGAGCUGGUCGCGAAGCACGUGACCUACCCGUGCACCGCGGCCUAUGUCCGGACGAUUCUGAGUUGUGGUCUCCCGUCCGUCGCGGCGCGGCUGAUGUCAGACGGGACCCUCGUGGCGUGGGCGCUGACGCAACCUUACCUGGCCCUGGGAAUGCUCAACGUCAUGCCGGGCCAUCGAAGAAGCGGCCUGGGGCGUGCUGUCGUCACGCUGUUGGCCAAGCAGCAGCUGGCGCGUGGGUGGACGUCGUACGCUUACGUCAGCGGUACCAACGUCGGGUCCGUGCCGCUCUUUGAGUCGCUGGGCUACAAACGAGUUGGAAGAGCGCAUUGGACAGGCUGCAAAAUACGCGGUCCGAGUUAGCCGUACUUCUGACAAGAUCGGAUAAAGUCUUCAUGUGUUCGGAAAGCGGACGAUGAAAUCCCAACAAUCAGGCCGUGCACAUAUAUUCGUCCACGAAUACCGUUUGAUUGUCGAUAGAUUUGCUUAGUAGAGUCAGCAAUUAGCGUGUAUAUACUAAAGACAGGCUAAGAGCUUAGAUCAAAUCGAUCUGUUGGCGAGAGCAGCGGGCUCUUGCCAUAAAAUGGACGUACCCCAGUGUCUAGGAAGGCAGGAUUGUAGGUUCGAUAGACGCAUGACCGACUCCAAAACGGACCAACACAUGUGUCCAGUAUCAUUUGAUCAGAAUUGACAGUAUACGUUUUGGCUUUGGUAAAUACUAUGAUAUUGGGCGUGCCAUGGC